CGCUGCUGGGCUGAAGAAGGAUUUUCCAACAACGUUACAUAAAAUUUGCAAUAAUUAUUUAUUCAAUUUAAUUCGACUUUGAUUUCGACUGGAAGGAAUGCAAACAGCGUUGCAGUUAAGCUAAGUGAGCAAACAUGUGUAUAAAACCUAAAAAGGCAAACGCUUGUGCGCUACAAAAUCAAAUUUGUUAGCAAAAAAAAAAAUAGAAAAAAAAUCAGCAAUCAACUUUGAAAGUGAAUCAAAAAUUGUGUUCAGUUUCGAAUCGAUGAAUUCUUUUAAUUAAUCAAUGCUCUUUAAGUUAAGUUCAAGCAAUAACGAAACAAAACGAAACGAAAUUCGACAACAUUUCUGCCAUUCAACUACAAAAUCGAUAAGCUUCAGCAUCAGCAUCUAAAGCGUACAAUUCGCACUACUUGAUAGCCAAAAAAGGGGCCGCCGUCAUCCCACCCACCACCACCACCAUAACCAAAACGAAAAUUCCACCACUUCCACCAUCAGCUUCAGCUUCAGCAUCAGCCUCAGCAUCAGUUUAGCUCAGCAUCCACAUCCACAUUUGUAAACCACCCCACCAGAUAAAAACAGUUUGAGCUAUUAACAUGUCAUUCAUAACGAAAUUGAAAGCAACGCCAUUGCCACCAUUGAAGAACAUACUCAAUGUGGCCAUGCAAACGGCCAGACAGCAAAUUCCAGAGCGCAAGGAUUACCAACAACCGCCGGGUACCAGCUCCAGCAUGAAUCCCCAACAGAACUUUGCCCAGUCUCAAGGUCAGGCGAUGUUUCCACCAGGCGGCAACGAGAUGGCCGCUGGCGAUGCUGCCAAUGGCUGUGAUCAGCCCACAGAGAUGAGCUCGAAUCCAUUUCGAAAUGGUGGCGGCUGGUCAAAUGACGAUGCUGAGGGUGAUUACAAAAACGAAUACCAAAGCACAUCGUUCAACGAGUACGAUGGCAGAUACCAGCAAACCGAUGGCUUCAGGCAAGGCAGCAUUGCCUCGGAGGGCAGCUCAUUCGUUUGCGAGGGUGAAGGUGGCGGCGGCUCCAAGAUCGACGAGUUCCAGGCCGGCUGGAAUGUAACGAAUGCCAUCCAGGGCAUGUUCAUCGUAUCGCUGCCAUUCGCAGUACUACACGGCGGCUACUGGGCCAUCAUUGCCAUGGUGGGCAUCGCUCACAUCUGCUGCUACACCGGCAAAGUGUUGGUGCAGUGCCUCUACGAACCGGAUCCCAGCACGGGUCAGAUGGUGCGUGUGCGUGACAGUUAUGUGGCCAUUGCCAAGGUAUGUUUCGGUCCCAAGUUAGGAGCGCGUGCCGUCAGCAUUGCCCAGCUAAUUGAGCUGUUGAUGACCUGCAUUUUGUAUGUCGUGGUCUGUGGCGAUCUGCUGGCCGGCACCUAUCCGCAGGGUUCGUUCGAUUCACGCUCCUGGAUGCUGUUCGUGGGCAUCUUUUUGCUGCCCAUGGGUUUCCUUAAGUCCCUGAAAAUGGUGUCGACGCUGUCGUUCUGGUGUACCAUGUCACAUAUUGUGAUUAAUGCCGUCAUACUCGGCUAUUGUCUGCUGCAGAUCGGUGAUUGGGGCUGGUCCAAGGUCCGUUGGAGCAUUGACAUGGAGAACUUUCCCAUUUCACUGGGCGUCAUUGUCUUCUCCUAUACCUCUCAGAUAUUUCUGCCCACCCUCGAGGGCAACAUGAUAGAUCGUUCAAAAUUCAAUUGGAUGCUGGACUGGUCGCACAUUGCUGCAGCGAUAUUCAAGGCAGGCUUCGGUUACAUUUGCUUCCUCACCUUCCAGAAUGACACACAGCAGGUGAUCACCAAUAAUCUGCACUCGCAGGGCUUUAAGGGAUUAGUGAACUUCUUUCUGGUCAUCAAGGCCAUUCUCAGUUAUCCAUUGCCAUACUAUGCUGCCUGUGAGCUGCUCGAGCGUAACUUCUUCCGUGGACCGCCAAAGACCAAAUUUCCGACCAUUUGGAAUCUGGAUGGUGAAUUGAAAGUGUGGGGCCUGGGCUUCCGGGUGGGCGUUAUUGUGUCCACCAUACUUAUGGCCAUAUUUAUACCACACUUUUCGAUACUGAUGGGCUUCAUUGGCAGCUUCACGGGCACCAUGUUGAGUUUUAUUUGGCCCUGCUAUUUUCACAUCAAGAUCAAGGGUCAUCUGCUCGAUCAGAAAGAAAUUGCUAAGGACUACCUCAUCAUAGCGUUAGGCGUACUCUUCGGCGUUAUUGGCAUCUAUGACUCUGGCAAUGCCCUGAUUAAUGCAUUCGAAAUCGGUCUUCCAUUUUAAGCGAACUCUUCCAAUUGUUACGAGUACUAAAGUCUUUUUUAUAGAUUACUAAGUUAUCACAAUGGUCAAACAUACUCGAAUAUUGUUGGCUUUUAGGCAAACUUCUUACAACAUAAUAAGUCUUCCAAAAACUAUAUAGUUACCAUAUAAUUCAUGUUGUAUGAUAUGCCAAAAGCAGAAGUUAGCAGAUGUUAAUGUAAUGAAAGAACAAUAAUCCUAGUUUAUAAGAAAUGAAACGCAAGUCUUCCAAAACAAGCGAACAAAUGUCUUCCAAACAAACAAACAAACAACAUAAAAAUCCUAAGCUAAUUUAAGUAACGAUUAUAUAUAUAUAUACAUAAACGAACGAGUAUUAAAAAAAAAAAGAGAUUAUUGAUAUUUAUUGUAUGAAAAUAUAUACACAUAUAUAUAGAGGGAAAACUCAAGAAAUGAGAGAACAAUAAACCAUUAUACAAAAUGAAAAUAAUGUAAUAAAUGUAAUGUACUCGUCGUAUUUAUGGUACUACGAGUAAGUCUAUUACCAAAUAGAUAGAACUCAUUGUUUAUUUAUAUACCAGUAUAUAUAUACAUAUACAUAGUUGAAUGCGUUUUUUUAAGCGAUUAAUUAUACAGUUACUGUACUUAUACAUAUGAUAAUAAUAGCCUUUAAAAACGACACUAGCAUCUUUUAAAAUUCUCAAUAAAAACAUCAUCUCACGUUGAUUCGAAGAUUCCUCAAAAAAUAU